AUGAUUCUUUGUAAUGAUAAUGAGUCAACAGAAGUAUUCAUCAAUCGUUUAGCUAGUUUUCAAGACGAAAUGCUUAACUACAAUACGUACUUGGCUUCCUGUAGUAAUGUAUCGUUUCACAGCGCAGGUGUGAUAAGUGAAGAAGUAUUGGAUAUUCUUCGUCUUGAAAGAUAUCAAAUUUUAAAUAUUGAUAUUUCAUCAGUUUUCUACCGUCAUGUGCUUGCAAAUCCACAUGUAGCUUCGAGUCGCACAUGUUCAAUAUCGGCACAAGAAACCGAUCCCAGUUGUAGCCAAAGUAUUACAUCAAGUGACGAUGAUCAUACCAACGAUCCAGAACAACAUGAAGGCAAUGUAGAACAUUUAAGGUCAAACAUCUUCGACUUACUGCAUAAUUUUUCAGGAGUUAGUUACGAUAGCGUAUCCAUUGUAUGUCAACUAGUCAUAUCGCACGAAGGAAUCAUCGAAGAGCAAUGUGAAACACAAGAUGAUGAAAGUACAAACAUUCUAACUAUGAAUCAUAAUAUUAGUCGAACCAAUUCAGAAGAUAUUAAACAACUGAUUGAACUAUAUGAUGUAUUGCGUCCUCAAGAACUACAUUUUCUUAUUGAAUUAAGCCAACGCUGGUCUCCAUAUGAUCCAAACAAAAUGCAAAAUAUGACGGUUAUUAUUCGAGAAACAUGUGGUUCUGAACAUACACAAGCAGAUAUUGAAAGGGUAGUAAAAUAUUUGAAUUCUCCGGAUUCAAUUCAACUUUUUUCUGCUUGUCAUAUUUGUUUAUCAAUUCUUGAUGCUGCUAUGGCUGAUGUUUUAUCUGUUCGAGUAUAUACUCUGAAAGGCACAAUUACGUCUCAAAGUUUACAACAUAAUGAUACGGUGUAUUUAGGUGACCAGUGUGCAUUUGAGCGUUCAUUAAUAGAAAAUUAUACGUGUCAACUGAUCAUCAAGGCUAGUUCGUGGCAGAAAUUCGUUGAUGGGCUUAAUCUUGGUGCAUUUAACUCAAAUUUGACCGAUAUAAACGCUGAGUGGAGAAAAAGACUUGCGAUGGCAUUCAUAAAAUAUAAGGUGGUAGAAUUUGAUUUAUUUAUUGGCUCAUCAUCAGUGUCGAUACCAAAAUCAGCUCGUGAAUUCGAUAAAUGGAUCUGGACAGAAUACCCGCGCCUGCUUUCGUCAUUUAUUUACCUGUGGAGAAACCACAAGAUUUUGAUUAAGUCCUGUGGAUCAGAUUGCACGCAAUCUAUCAUUAUUGACGGUCACCAAAAGUGUCACCGACGCGUUUGUCGGGCAAAGCAUGUACAAGUUUCGACGGAAGAGUUUGAUUCGUUAACCGCUGGUUGCUGCCGAACACCAUGUUUAGGAUCAUGCUUUUGUAAACUGCACCAGCAUUUGGAUGAAGAUAAUACUCUACCAGCCUCAUUGAAUAGAGAAGCAAUUAACAACAAACGAAGAACAAUGAAUAAAACGUUCAUGGGAAGGUAUCGACAACGAGGAUUCGGCGCAACCAACUGCCGAACGAUUAAGGAGCGGUCUGCAACAUAUAUUGAACGAUGCAACAGAUCAUUUGGUAUACUUGCCGGUGUAACGAAUUGCAAAAUUCUCAAUACAUUUUCAGAAAUAUUUAGAUCAGAAACACUACGUGAAAUCAUAAGCCUUUUAUGUUCUACGAUUCGAGGUGAGUAUACAAUCAGAUUCGGCAGUGGCUACGUGUAA